GGCCAGGAAGAGGCCAGGCGGGUGGCUGGGCGCUCCGCCCGGCGCUGCUGUGUGCUCUGAGUGCUCGGCGCUGCGGAGCGCUCCACUCUGCAGCCGCCUGUUCCGGCAGGUGGCUUGCCGCUGCAGCAGCUGGUUCCAGACCCCGCUGGUUGGCUGGGGCGCUCGGCGGUCUCGCUGUACACGGUAUGAGAGGUAUGUCUUAUUUUCAGGGGGUGUCUUAGAUAUAGCAACUCCUAAAAAAUGCUGCCAUGGCUUACUUUAUGGCUACGUAUUAAAAAAGGGGAAACACGGUAUUAAAUAAGCAACCAAGCUUUGAAAAAACUGUAAAGUAUCCUGUUGAUACCUUUCCUGAGCAGAGUCCUACUGGAUCACAUACUUAAUUUUAUUCCAUUGUUGUAAACUUCCCUAACAACCUACUUUUAGCUAAAGGGAAGAAUAAACAUCUAUUAAAUAAAAUAAUUUGUAUCCUGCUUUGGAUAGCGGUUAUCUCAAUGCAUCCAAGGAAACAUGCAAGCAGGGUGUGGAAUUGACAGUUCUUCCUCAAUUUGCUGCCUUGGCAACAGAUACUCAGUGGUAUUGCUGCUUGUGGACAUGGAAGUUCCAUUAAGUUAUCAAGGCGAGUAGCUGAUACGAAUUUAGUUAAUUCCUUUUUAGAGCCUCCUAAACUAGGGUCCAUCUCCCUAGCUUGUGGAUCCUCUAGAUCAGGCAUCCCCAAACUGCGACCCUCAAGAUAUUUUGGCCUACAACUCCCAUGAUCCCUAGCUAAUAGGACCAGUGGUGAGGGAUGAUGGGAAUUGUAGUCUAAAACAUCUGGAGGGCCGAAGUUUGGGGAUGCCUGCUCUAGAUGUUGGCAUCUUUGUCUUCUCCUUAAAUCUUGGUUUGCAGUGGACUGAGCAGUGGGUACUCUUUAGAGAUGUUGUUUACCACCAUGUAGUGAAAGAAAAUAAUAUAAACUUAGUUAGAAUUUAACAGUUUUAUAUUUUAGAGGUUACUGGGUCUUCAUCUAUAAAAUAUUGACUCAGUUUGAUGUGGACAAAGGGAUUGGAUGAAUCAAGGCUAGAAACUAACUGUUAGCACCACAGCAGAAUUGAUGAGUUAUGAUAAAUUGGACUCUUUCUCAUUACUGCUCCAGUCAUAAUACUAACUAGAUGACAAUUAAUAGUGAGGAGGAAGUGAGAGAGAAGGGAAAUAAACACUAAACAAACAUCAUGGGACAAGGUAGGAGUGGUGAGGUUACUAGGACUUGACACUUCCCUAUUGCAAAGAAAUACAAAGAACUGAGGCUAGAUCCAAGAGGAAUGAAAUCCACACCACCCACUCAAAGGAGUGUGUAUUGGCCAGGAUAUUCAGGGCACUUCCCUAGCACUCCUAUACAACUUCUAUAACAUAUUUUCCCAUAUAUAGCUGACCAUUGUUUGUAGAAAACAUCCUCUCCCCUUCCGCAUACUGUACUUUGGUAUUGAGAUGUUGUAUUGUACUUUUACUAUUUUUUGUUAGGAGCUGCCCAGAGUUGCUGGAGCAACCCAGUCAGAUGGAUGGCAUAUAAAUAAUAAGUUGUUGUUACUAUAAGUCUCCCCCCUUUAAAAUAUCAAUCAAUAAUCCCACUACAAAAAAGGUGCCUAGACAUUCCAUUGUGGCAACUGUAACUGAGGUUUAUGGUGCCAUUUGGUGACUAGCUUAUAUAUCUGAAUUUCUAACACUAGUAAAAAAAUUAAAAGGUAAUGGACCCCUGACAGUUAAGUCCAGUCGAAAACGACUCUGGGGUUGCGGUGCUCAUCUCGCUUUAUAGGCCGAGGGAGCCGGUGUUUGUCUGCAGACAGUUUUUCUGGGUCAUGUGGCCUGCAUGACUAAGCUGCUUCUGGCGAAACCAGAGCAGCACACGGAAACACCGUUCAUCUUCCCACUGUAGUGGUACCUAUUUAUCUACUUGCACUGGCGCGCUUUCGAACUGCUAGGUUGGCAGGAGCUGGGACCGAACAACGGGAGCUCACCCCAUAAUGGGGAUUCGAACCGCCAACCUUCUGAUCAGCAAGCCCAAGAGGGGCAGUUGUUUAGACCAGUGCUCCCCAACCUUUUUAUCGCCGCGGACCAGUCAACGUUUGAUAAUUUUACCACGGCCCGCUGAGGGGGGAACGUUGAUUGUUUAUAUUUUAUUUAGAUUGUUUUGAUUUAAUAAUUUUAAUUUAAUUGUAUUUAAAUGUUCCUUGGGCGGCCCGGUACCAAUUGAUCCACGGACUGGUACCGGUCCGUGGCCCGGGGGUUGAGGACCACUGGUUUAGACCACAAGGAUGACUGAAUUAGAUGCAUUAAUUUAAAACAAAAUAUGUUUGCUACAGAACAGUUUGUUUUAUAUCUGUACAAAUUACUCAGUAGGUUAAUUGACUAAAACUCAUGAUCAGUUUUCUUUAAUAGGUUGAUAGCUCAUGGGAUUUCACACAUUCCCAGUUAUGUUUCAUAUUGUGCCAUUUUAUGAGCUGUUUUCUCAGUGACUAAAUCUUAUAAGGUUUAAACCAGUCAGUAAGAAUUAAAAAAAUCUGCUUACAUUUAUACAGUUUAAAUAGCCUAUGUACAUUUUGUUGUUGUUCUUUGCAAACAAGCUUGUAAUGCAGAUUAGUAUUAUUCCCAUCCUGAAUUGUGUAAUAUACCCACUUUGUAAGUUCAUUGCAAAAGCAAUAUUCAAUCCUGGUUCCUAGGUAGUCUUUUAGCCACAUUGUGCUAUUCAAGCAAUUUAUUUAGUACUGUCAGGUGAGCUGUUGGGGACAUAGCUCUAUUGGCCAGCAAUGGUAUUUGAGUUUCACAUCUGAAGAGCAAUAGAUUUCAAAUAUAAAUACUGAUAAAUAAUGUGCUAUAGUAAUUUUCCACUGAUGCCUGCUUCCAUAGCUAUUGUAGAACAAACCUUGCCAUUAAAAUGUGUAUGUGCACCAUGAUUCUUGGCUAUCUGUGAGAGAGUACAAAAAGCAACUUUUUGUAAGAAUUCAUAAUACCCUUCUGUUUGGCAAACAUAUUUUUAGACUGAGCUAAACAUCCUAGUUUUUAAAACCGUAAGUCACAAUGUAUUACAAAAACAGUGUUUUUAAAGAACUCUUUUAAAAGUGUCUUACUGUGAAUAAUGGCAGCUCUCAUAUAAAAGGAACUCAAAUAUUUAACAUAACAAGUCCAGCAGGCUUACCAAGUUUACUUUGGCAAUCUUGACUGCUUUAUACAGCCAUGAUAAGUAUUCAAAGUAUGUUAGAAACAAAUGUCUUGUUCAUAACACUUUAUUUGUUAGAAUAAACAGCACAAGUUCAGAGUUGAAGCACUUUAUUAGUUUUACAGAUGAAAAUUGGGGCUUCAAGGUUUAUGUCGGUAUCUAUCAAUUAAGAGGUAGCUCACUAAUCAACCCCUCACCCUUAACAUGUGGACAGACAAUGAAAAGAUGCAAUUCAGACCAGUUAAUAUUUUUUCGUCUGAAGGCAGGGAGAUCUGAAAUUUGGAUGAGACUGUUGCCAGAUCUCAUUACUGGAUGCUUAUUCGUAAAACAGAAACACACCCCUGUACUAAAAGAAUUAGAUUUCAAUGAGAUUAUUUCUGACAGGCCUUUUCCCUGAUGUGGUAGUACUGUAUGCGCUUUUUGUUUUGUUUUUUUAAGGGUAAUCUUCUAGCCAUGCAAUAACUUCCUGUAGUUUGUCUAGAAAUAGUUUCACCAUGCUAUCCGCUGCUUUAGGAAAUGGGGCCAAAUGAUGAGCUUUUAAAAUGUGAACACUGUAUAGAAAACCGCUCACUUGUGUUCUAGUGUUUCCCUCCUCUAGUUCUUCUCUUUUGUUUCCUUUCCUGCUUUGAUAUGUAUGCUUUUAAGGCAUGCAAUUUUCUGAAAAUAUUGUGGGGAAAUUCCAUAUUUUGGGAGAAAUUGCAUGCUUUUGUACAUAAGCUGCUGUUUCUGUUCUAAAACUUUUCUGGUAAUGACUUUCUCAUUUUCUCUCUUUCUAGUUCUGUAUCCUCUGCUGUAUCCAGCUCCGUUCAAGACUGUCCUGAAAUAUUUGUCUUGGUUCAAAUUGUGCCUGUCAGGGAGUAAAAAGAUGGUACAAGCUUCACUCCAAACCAGGAAAGAAGGAAAAAGAGAGAGGUGAGAUUGAGGUGGAUAUCCAAUUCAUGAGGAGCAACAUGACAGCCAGCAUGUUUGAUCUGUCCAUGAAAGAUAAGUCACGGACUCCAUUUGGCAAGCUGAAAGACAAGCUAAAGGGGAAACGAGGCAAUGGAUUGCCAGACACAGCUUCAGCUAUUGUUCCUAGCAUUAGUCACUCCCCGGCUGACAGUGAGGAAGAGUCAAAUGAGAAAGAAAAGAAAAAAUCAAAGUUCAAGACCUUAUUCUCCAAACCUGGUUUACAGAAAAGCAACCUCUCUCAGUCCAUGUCUGUGCUACCUUCUCUCCAACCGGUUACAGAGAGAGUUCGACUUAGACCCAGUGACUUUCCAUCGCAAUGGAGUGAUGGUGAUGGUGAUGAUGAUGACGACACUUUAACUCCUGUCUCAGAGAAACCCUCCACAAAUAGAACUGAAGAUAACCUGCUUUAUCCACCUUCCACCAAGUCUCAUAAGAGAACAGGUAGUGCAGAUAGCAAGCAACUAAGCCAAAUCUCCUCCAAUAACAACAAGAAGGAUGUACAUUCUUUAUUUGGUGGGCUGAAGUCCAAAAGUGACCCUACUUCCCGGUCCAAUGUGUGUAUCAAUGGCAGUCAUGUUUACAUGGAGGAGCGUGAACCCAAAAGUGAUACUCUUCCAAAAGACAGCACUCUAUCUUCCCCUCAGAUAUCCCAGCGAAAACGGCUCUUUUUGUCCCAGGAGAACUUGUCUUCUGAACCCAGUAAGGAACCUGAAAUGACAGGAAGACUACCUUCUGACAAAGGACCACCAGGGUCUUCCUCACUGGAGUCCUUUAAAGCCAUGACUCUACCAUCAUACAAGUUGCUGAGUGGUGGGGAUAUGCCAGAAAGCAACACUCCAGUUAUUUCAGACACUCCAAAAGAAACCAAAGAGAACAAGAAACAGGAGAACAAGAAAUCUGGCUUGCUGUCUCUUAUGACAGGAAAAAAAGAAGCUAAAGUUAGUGAGGAAGUAGAGAGCAAUGCAGACACCACUUCGAAGGUGAAGGAAGUAAAACGUAACGAAAAAGAGUUGGCCAGAAAAGAAGCAAAUCCUAUUGAAGUCCCUGUGGAUAACAGAAGAGGUCAAAGCUCAGAUAAGAGCAGCACUGCAGAUCUCCGAAUCACAAAGGCAUCCUUGAACCCUUUUGAUGAAAACAUCUCAGCAGAAGAGAAGCCAGAAAAAAACUCAGCUUCUGUGAAACCAUCUCAGACCAAACCCGUCAAGCCCAGACUGGGCGUGUCUUCAGAGGAUGAAACCAAAGCCACUUCUGCUAUUUCUGCAACUCCUUCUGCUUCUCUUUUCUCUCCUUCCUAUCACUCAAAUAAAAACAACCCCUUUAUCUCUAAAUUUGAUCCAGAAGAGCAACCUCGGGACACUGAUAGGUUUGCUAGUGACAACAAUCCAUUCACUACAAAAUGGGGACAGAAAUCCAAGCAAGAUACUGAAUGCUUUACAGCUACUUCUUCUGCAUCUGGAAAUGAAAAUAAACCAUUUGUUCCUAAAAGGGAGCAAGAAUCCCAGAUAGAGGAUUCUUCAAACUCUGCCAAGUCUCCCCUGCCUGUUCCUGCAACUUCUGUUCUUGAGUUGGAUCCUUCUGCUUUUCAGCUUUCUGAUAUUGAUAAUCCUCCUGUGUCUAAAGUGGGAGAGGACUCUGAAAGUUUUAACAGUCCUCCAGCUUCUUUCUCUACUUCCUCCUUAGCAGGAAACCUUGAUGAUUCCAAGCACGUUCAUGUUGUGCCUUCAGAGAAGCCCAAAAAGGAAGGUUUAACUAAUCAGAUAGACCCUGUAUCCAAUUUUCCUGGAUCUCUAGCUGGCAGUCACCCGUCACGGUUUCAUGAUAGGGUUGGACUCAUCCUGAAGUCUCAGGGCAAUGACAAAGUGCACAUAGUGCCACCAUUUAAGGAAAACCGAGGGAGCAUAAAGAAAUCAGUAACCUUUGCCCUUGAGGAUGAAAAUGUGGGGAGUAGUGGCGACGAUGCUUCAGAUGGUGAAGAUUCAGGUGAGAGCUGGCAUGAUGAAAAUGAGAUUUCAAUAAAUCCCACUGAAAGGAAUGAGAGGCGAAGACCUGAACCAUAUGUAGAACAUUGUGCUGCACCUGAGCCCGGUAAUGGAAAUGUACAAUCUCUUCAUAACAGUGAGGAUCAUUUGGAAAGACAGGCUGAAGCCGGCUUCUCAGUUAAAGUAGAGCCACCGGUCCCAACUCCGAGAAUUCUCUUGCCUUUGCCUAACAUGCCGAGGACUGUGUCGGGUAGCAGUUCUCUCUCUGAGCCCCCAAAGCCAGCACCAAGAAGCGCCCUAAAACAAAAAACGAGUGCCUCUGUUUCUUUGAUGGAUGAAUCAGAAACAGAGAAUGGGUCAAGCUCUGCCUCUACAUAUAAAGAAUUUUCUGCAGAAAAUUCUUUAAUCUCUAAUGAAAAACUAACAAGCAAUAGCUCAUUAGCAACUUCGGUAUCCAAUAUACUUAGUUCUGGAAGAGAUGGUGGAACCAUGGAUUCCUCUCAAAGUAUUAGUACUGAUCUCUCUUACUAUGCAACAAGCACACAGCCUGGCAAUUUGAUCACUGGAGAUCUGAAUGUAAAACCCACCACCCUUUCUGUUAUUCCAGAAGUGGGAUCGGAUGAUGAGCAGCUGAGUGAUUAUCCCCAGGGUGCUGAAAAGAUUGCAGUUUCUGGAGAUUUGUCCAGGAGUGGAGAUGGUUCCUCAGAGUUACCAUCCUCCAUUGAGGGGAGAGAGCUGACAGCAAAUAAAAAGGCGACUGGUGAGAGGCAGACGGCAUCACUUCUUAUGAAGACAAAUGCUCCUGGUGAUGGAUUUGAACUAAACAAACCAUUGGUCGCACCUUCAGCACUAGCCCUUGAAAAUGCAAGCCAUGAUGUAAAGGGAUUGGAGCAGAAGAAUGCUGACAGCUUAAAAGAAAAUAGACAGGGUGAUAGUCCUGAGAUCUCUGUUAAGCCUGUUCAUCUUUCCCCUCUGCCCAGUUCUUCUCACUCUAUUAGCUCUUUCCAAUCUGAUGCUUCUGGCUCUAAUAGAGCAGAACCUACGAAAAAAGCUACAGCAGAGGGCUUGGAUGCCAAAGUGGAUCCCUCUGGCAAGAAGAAGCUGCUCCAGGCAUGGGUUUCACCCUCUGAAACACAUCCCAAUCAGAAUCUGCAGAGUGACGGAACUUACCCUGCUAAGCUCAGACUUCAUCCUGUGAAACCAAUGCAUACUACAACAAGCAAAUCAUCUGCAAAAAACCAGAGCAUAACAUCAAAGAUCUUGGAUAACCAAAACGAAUCCGAUAUAAAGAAAUAUGAUCCUUCAGAUCCUGCCUACGCUUAUGGUCAGUUGACACACAGCGAGCUGAUCCAGCUGGUCUUGAAACAGAAAGAUGUGAUUGCAAAGCGAGAUCAGCAGGUGCGGGAGCUGGAAGACUACAUUGAUAACUUGCUUGUCAGAGUUAUGGAGGAAACCCCUAACAUUCUUCGAGCUCAAGCUCAUGUGAAUAAGAAAGCUGGAAAGAUGUGAAGGAACCAAUUCAACCUAAUCGAUGACUUUCUUACUCAAACUUUGGAAGUAGUGAAUGUGGAAAAGCUGCUUGUACCGAAACAGAUUAUUAUUUACUUGUCUUAGGCUAGAGUUGACUUACCUUGUAGACUGCUUUAUAUAAUCUACAAAGUCAGUAGUGUUAAAAAAACACCUUUUACCUUUUAGUACACUGUACAUUUUUUGCUGCUCCACAGGUGAAAGGCCUGAAAUUAGGGACUGUGGAAGGAGUUGUGAGCCAGAUUUUAUCUGUGAAUAAGCUCCAAGGGGCACAUUUUUAAGGGUUUAGUAAAAAAAUGAACACUUUUCUGUAGUUUUUCAAAACUCAACUCCUGAUUUCUUGACUCUUAGGAUAUUAAGUUUUAGUGCAAUAUAAGCAAUCAUAUUUACAUUAGAUAUACUGGAUGAAUAAAUAUUUAUGAAGUACCUUAUUUGGGUUUGAGUUCCUGUGAAAUAAGCACUUCCACCUGAAAGCUGGUUGCCUCUCUACUUACAAGCAGCCCAUUCCAUUAGGAAUUUCUGUUGUGCUAGCUCCACUGAAUCAGUAAUUAUUAAGAAAACAGCUCAUUCAUUUGGGUGGGGCUUAAGCUGUGCAGGUUUCCUGCCAAUUGUGCAAAACUGCCUGCAUUUGCCUUUGGGAAGUGAGGAAGAUCCAUAGUUAAGAAAUAAAAAGUGAUGGUUGUUGUGAGUAAGAGGAGGUUAGCUUCUAAGCACUAAACUGACUUCUGUGUCUUAUGGUGGUCGGUACAGGACAUAUUAAAUUUUUGAAAGCAAUACUGAUUUAAACUAAUUGCCAGAAACUGCAGUCUGGCUGUCUUGCUUCAUUGCAGCUGGUUGCUUUAAGUACAGUUAGACAAGAGGGGCAUUUCCCCUGCAUUUUCUGGUAGGUGUUAACAUGCUCAAACCUGUGCGUUUUCAGUAGCUGAUUUUGGAGGUACACAUUAAUCCCUCAUCACUGAAAUUUUACUUUUAAAAUGUUUGUUCCAGCUGAAAGUCCAUAGAAACAUCUUGCUUCUUAUUUCGCAGAUUUGACUACUUUUCUUUCGUUCUUAACAUUACCUUUGAAUUGCUGAUCUUUCCCUUUUAUCUUUGGGUAUGUUACCCAUCUGUUCAGAAGUCUACUUAGAUCUUUAUUUUUGAAUACAGGAAAAGCGACUGAACAAAUUGCUGUGAGUCAAUAAUCCCAGGUGUCUUUCCAUUUGUGAAUACUUUCUAUUGUAAAAGUUUCAUUUUUGACCAGUUCCUCAACAUGUUGAUAAAAUUUCUCAGAAGUUUCUUUUAAUUAUGAAAGGGUUGAAAUGCAGAUAACAACACAUUUCUACUGUCAACUAAAGUAGCUUCCAUCAGUUUUUCCAUGUUUUUUGCAAUACUUCUUUCCACAUCUUUUCUGUUUCAGAAAUUCUUGAUUAGAGAACAUUGAUCUUACUAUGUUUAUGCCCAGUUUCUUUAUUAUAUGUUUCGUUCCUUUGCAGUUCCAAAAGUCUCUGCUCUACUUUUGAGCAGCUUUUGAAUGUAUUGCCUUGUAGCUCAAACCAACUAGGAGGAGUAAGUAGGGCCUGCUGGCCCUCCCAAUGUGCUUGGACUAAACUCUCAUCUUCAUGGAUGGCCAUUGGGAGCCCAAAGGCAUCUGAAUGACCACAUGUUUCUCAACCCUAUAAGAGGCUUAGCACAAAGCUGUAUGUGUGCAAUGUCUUGCUGUGCCUGUUUUGGUUCCUGUUUCUCUAUCUGUAUGAACAGUUUCUGAAGUCAGACGACACUUUCCUCAGUUACAAAAGAUUCUGUUUAUGCUGCUGCAUAAAUUGCUGGAAGAUGUGAAUAGUCAGCAUUACUGCAAUAUGAUUUCUGCUGCAGACUCAAAAAAACUGGAGACUUUUUCUGAUUUUAUUUUUUAUGGAUUUUUGUCCUGGGUUGAAGAUUGAAUUCUUAAUUUCAGUAUCUCCAUCUGCCCCUUAAUUCAAAAGGUAACUUUACAUUGUGGUCCCUUACUCUGAAUGGGGCACUUGCCCCUUAAAAGUUUGCAAAGGAUCAACUUUUGUAGGUUUCCUAAUAAAACAAUACUUCCACCAUCACCCAUCACUAGGCGUUUGGGGUGAAAUCCAUAUUGACCAUUGUAUGGGAAAUCGAACUAUUUGAAGAUAGCAAAUAGCAUGGCUUUUUGCAAGCUUAAGCUUGUAUAUGCACUUUUGGCUUCCAGUCAGAUCAACUGUGAUUCAGGAAAAAAAAUGUUGAAAAUCUGAGCCACAAAUGCAAGCAGCCAAACAGCAAUCAAAGUGAUGUCUGAAGACGUGGACGGAUCAAUUUUCAUGCUUUUUACUGUAGCCAUUAUUCAUUUUCUGCCUAUGCACUUUAAAGAGGGAUGAGGUUGGCACUUCAGCCCUCCCUUUGUAUUCAGUCACAACACUGGAUUAUAAACUAGUCAGGUAAUCAAAGGGGGGUUGAUUCUAAGCAAGUCAUACUUGUGAGUAGACCUGUUGUAAUCAGUGACUAAUGACUGUUGAUUGUUGUGGGCCUGCUCUUAGUAUGACAUGAUCAGAUAUCACCCAUAGAUCUUGAUGUUUCCUGAAUGGUGCACUGUUAAUUGCUCUUGAUACUGUACAAUCUUAUUUGCAAACACCAAAGAAUAGGAACAGCUAAGUGGUUCCUGUAGUUUAUUCCUUAUUUGAGAGGAGGCAUAAUUCAUUUGACAUGGCAAUAUUUAUGCAAUGAGAGCCCCAAGUACAUAGUUUUGAGGUUGGUAGAAAAAUUGAUACUGUAAUGUUUGAAUAUAAGGCUUGGACUGUGGGCUUGUACUCCAUGUUCCUGUUGCCCUACAUGGAGUGUGGUGCUUGUUGAAUAAAUUUGUCUAUCUUCUUGCAUAGUGCUAAUUUUCUUGAUGAAAUCCUCUGGCUGAGGCCGUCACCUUGCCUCAACUAAGUCAAUGAUUUCAGGUGAUUGAAAGAGGAGGAGCUGUUGUCUACCAGAGCCUGUGGUGUUUUCACAUAUCUGUGGCUCCAUAAUAGCUGGAACAUAAAAUCUGUAAAGGCAAACUUCUUGCGUGUAAAACCAGCAUUUAGAUGCUUGGGCAUCCUUUUUAAGAUGGUAUAUCUCAUUUAAAUGAACCAAAUUGCUUUUUUAAAACUUUAUUUUAAGAGGCUUUAUGUCUCUUUGCUCCAGCUGGAGCCAAAAGCACACAGGCACAUGCUAUUGGGAACAAGUAUUUUAUUGAAAUACAGUUUUACUAUGUACUAGAAAAUGUUUAUUCCUGAUGGUUAUAUGGUCCCAAAGUACAGUGGACAUUUGUGUUUAAUACAUAUUCAGUAGGAAUGGAUCUAGUAACAAAUAGUGUUGGCCGUUUUAAUAGAAAUAGUACAGGACCAGCUUCCAGCAGAUUGUGAAAAUCUUCUAGUUUAUAACCUGACCUAAAUUUUCCAGGGACUAUAGGGGUUGUAGCUGGCAACACGAUGUUCCACAUGCAAGAGGGUGUAUUGUCAAUGGGCCCAAGUCAGCUGGCCAUUCUUCAUAUAAAGGUCUGCUCAGUUGUAUACAUUUUGAUGAGAUUUGGGCAAUUCACAGCAAGGAUACCUUGCUAUCUGUGCCUUCUAAUUGGUAUCUGUGACUUAUGCAAUCCUGACAUCGAAAUGCUGAAUUUUGUGAAAAGUGUGGUACAUUGUGAGAGAUAUUUUCCCUUGUGCAAACAUUUGCUCAGUGCUUAAUGUUGAAGGAUCUGAAUGUAUAUUUAUAUUCUGCCUUGUUGUUCUUGGUACUUAGUCCCAUUGGUUUUUUUUUUACAAAGACCUUCAUCCUUGUGAAAUGUUAAAAAUAAAGUUAUUUAAACUUGUGAGAACA